GUUCUUGAGCAUCUAGAUGGGCAGUGAUGAAAAAUAGAACUACAGAAUUUGAAUUCAUUUCUGCUCACUCUUCUUCUACGCGGCCAGAUCAGAGAGUGUGAAGAAGGUAAUACAGGUAGUAGAGCCCUUAUAAUGUGGCUUGAUUUCAAGAACAUCAAUCACUUUCACUUCUGUAGCAUAAGGAUAAGCCAGAAAGGAGGCCGCGGCAAGUAAAAAGUUUAUUUGUAGUAGAAGAAAAGAUGGCAAACUCUUCCCCCGGGCGGUCCGGGGAAAAUAAUCACAAUUCGAAAAACAACUCCGCCUUCCAGCUUGCCAUAUCAACUGCAAAAAUGUCUGGGUCUGGAAGAUUGCCAGGUUUGUCAUGCAUAUUUUGCAUGGCUUAUGAUGCCUGUAGUGCAUGACAUAGCAGCACAGAUUUUUGGAAGGCUUCCUGAUGCCUAUUCCGCAUGACAGAUGCCGUCUCCGCGUAGCACAAUCUGGGCUCCCCUUGCUGGUCAUGCAAUGCAGAUUUUUUUAGAAUCCAAAAACAGCAUGACAAGUUGGGAUCCUUCCAGACCCAGACAUAUCUGCAAUGCAUAUGCCCGGUCGCUCUUCAAUAGUACCAGGAACAACACUUCGGGUGGCGGCAUGUCCGGAUCGAGAUCUGGCUCCCCCCCUCGCGGUAUGACAGUGCACAACUCACCCUCCCCGUCAUUUGCAUAGCAUGAACGGCAAUACAAGCAUAAGCAAGAGUGCCGGUUUUGCAUGACAAAUUUGUACUGGAUUGUAGUGCUACUUAGGCUACUAGAACGUGUAAUGCAAACAGUGCCAAGAGGCAAAGGGUGAAUUGGGUAUUUUGCAUGACAAAUGAGGGGGAGGGGGAGUUGUGCACUCUCAUACGCGGCCACGGGAACAGCUCGGGAGGGAGUUCUGUUUUCACGCCAGGGAAAAAUGACGUGUUCCGCAACCAAAUCAACUUCGAGAAUCAGGAGAACAUCAUGCAGGCGGGUGCUUCUGGUACCAACCAGCAAUUGAACACGAUGAACUCUAUGGGUGGAAUUGCGAACCAGCAGCAGGGCGGAUCAUCCUCGAGCAGCAGUUCUUCCGGCGCGGUUUUACCGUCUCACGCGGCAGGUCGAGGAGGUCAAGAUAGUGCCAACAACAGCAAUUCUUCCGCUUUCUACAAGCCGGAGAAGCACCGCGCGGAGAACAAGGAGAGCUUAGUGAAGAAGGAAGUGUCUUUCGCGUUUGCGCUGGUGAAAACCUUCAACCCGGCGGACGGACACACGAUUAUGCAAUGCAAAAGUAUCGCACUCGUAGUAAUCACAAUCAUGCGUUACAAAUCUCUAUCGCAAGGUAAAACAGCAUGACAAAUCCGACGCGUCAUGCAGCUGAGCGAAUUUGUAAUGCAAGAAUUACUACUACUAGUACGAUGGUACUUUUGCAAUGCAUAACGAUUGAUGAAGAGCAGUUUGACAUCGAUCCGUUGCCGUAUGACAGUGCGCAAUUCCCUCUCCCCCUCAUUUGUCAUGCAAAAUAUGCCAACUCCAAAUGCUGCCUCGUGGCACCGUUUGCGUGACAGAUUCUGGAAGUAGCGUAAACAGCACUGUACUACGCGCAUGAAGAACUUGUCAUGCGCAGGCUCCAUGUGCGCUGGUGUCUCUAUUGCUGCUUAUGCAAUACAAAUGAGGGGGAGGGGGAGUUGUACACUGUCAUAUGCCGCCAGACUCCGCGGAACGGAAGGAGAAGUAUUAAAUGCAAAAAUGUCUGGGUCUGGAAGAUUGGAACUUGUGAUGCUACUUUUAGAUUCCAUAAAAAUCUGUAUUGCAUGACCAGCAAGAGGAGUCUAGUUUGUGCUACGCGGGGAGGGCGUUUGUCAUGCGGAGGAGGCAUCAGGAAGCCCCCUCAAAAUCUGUGAUGCGCGGUCGUGCAUUACAGACAUCCUGGGUCAUGCAAAACAUGCAUGACAAAUCUCAGAAUCUUCCAGACCCAGAUAUUUUUACAUUUCAUAAGAAGGAACGGAAAACAAGAAGAGGCACGGGCGGGUCCGCAUUGUAUGGGAAAAACAGGGACAUCAACUCUGUCUUCAACCACGAAGACGAUGAUUCAGAUGAGUUCCCCGCGAUCUCCGAUGCCUUCAUGACAAAGGCAAAAUCGCCCGUGAAACGCCUCCCUAGUCGGAUCCGGAGGGACAGCAUCGGCAACCUCGCGGCCUUUUUCGACCCGAUGAGCGAGGAGAGCGAGGACCUUAUCAACUGUAAAAAUGUCUGGGUCUGGAAACUUGUGAUGCUGGGUGGCGUCUCAUGAUGAGGCUACAGAUGCUGGCUCAGCAUGACAAGUUUCUGAGCUCUUAGGUGUUGCCUAUUCUGCAUGACAAACUGCGCUUCUGCAUCACAGAAAAGCGGAGCUCUUGGGUAAUGUGCAUGACAGAUUUAAGAGUCAUGCCAGACAAGCAUGACAAACCUUGCAUUCUUCCAGACCCAGACAUUUUUACAGUUGAUAGACCUGACGGGGGCCUUGAACCAGGCGAAUUUGGAGCUGCAGAACCAACACUUAUGGAUUGCAAAAAUGUCUGGGUCUGGAAAGUUGGAACUUGUAAUGCUGGCCUUGCAUUCCUGUGAAAUCUGUAUUGCAUGACCAAGAACAGUGGUAGCCUCUCAUGUCGUACAAAAACGUAGUUUCUCAUGCGGAGUUCGUAUGAGAAGGCGUGCUGCAACCUUGUCAUGCUUUCCGGCAUAAGGAAGUGACUUCCUUGUGCACAUUUUAGCAUCACAAAUUUCCAGACCCAGACAUAUUUGCAUUUGAUAACACUUUUCGGGCACUGAUGUGUCGAAUAACGUGGAAAAAAGGCGCGUUUCGGUCAUCAGCGACAACAGUGACGACGUUUUCGCGGUGGGCGAGGAAGAGGCGAGGAGAAGCAGCGCGGCAUCGGGGAUGCAGGGUAUAGGGAACGAAUAGAACUUCUUGUUUCAACUACCCUUGCGAUGUGGUCUCAUUUGCAUGAUGACGUUUUGCAGCUAGCAACUUCCUACUGUGUUUGAUGUUCGUGUCUUCUUCACUGAAGACAAAUAAUUUUGAAUGAGAUAGAGAUUCCGAUAUUGACACAAAACUAUCAGGGACUAACGCGAACAUUAACCAGCAAGAGCGGAAUUCGGACUCUUUGUUCGGGGAAAACGAGCCGGACAAAAUCGACCACAUUCCGGAAGAGCCGGAGAAGGACGAAGACUCGUUUUUCAGCGGGUUAAACACCGAAUUGUCCUCUAUUCGGCAGGUCACCGGUACGAACGACUUCAACCAGCCUAACAUCACCUUCCAACAGUCGAACUCCUCGCAGCAUUCCAUGCACAACCGCGCGCGGAUCCUGACCCCGAACUCCCAACUGGGGACCCCGCGGAGCAUCGACGGCAGCUCCAAACGACGACGGGUGAACAACCAGGGUAGCAUAUCGUAUGUGAAAACUUGCCCACACCAUAAUCACGAUGGGAAAUCUGCUAGACAAAUCAACCAGCUUUGGUUGCUGCGCAUGACAAGUUUGGCUGUGCAGUGUAAUCCCGUUGAGCUAGCUCCAGCAGCAUGACAGAUCUAGCGAAUCGUGCUGAUUCGAGCGUCACAAAUUCCGAAGCACAGCUAGAGAAUGCGUCUCAUGUAUGACGCUCCGCAUGAGAAACAUUUUGACCAUGCAGAUUUGCAUGACAGCUAUCGGGUGGGGACGUUUCUACAUAGGAUACAGCAGGGACAUCACGGGGCAGGUGAAGUCUAUGGCGGAUUUGAUCGAGGACAUGGAUCCGGGACAGAAAAAUCUGAGCGACCACUUCGACGCUGUGGCGGUAUCUGAGUGUUUUAUGUGCCGCUCGACGAGCACCUGAUGUGAGUUAUCAUUCAUCUAAAUGCAGCACAAACAAGCUGCUCGUGUUCGUCCGCAGGCAUAGGUCGCAUGUUGUCAUGUAUGUUUUUUUGAUUUUGUGUUUUUACUUUAUCAAAUCUAAGGAAAGUCGUUUUUUAUCAGGUUCAGCAAUCCGAGGAGGAGAUCCGGCGUAAGUCUGUGAUCAAGACCGAGGGCCGGGACCUGCUCGACGACGUUUCUUCCGUCGGUGACGACGAGGAGUGCGACACGCCUUCUUUCGGGAAUUUUAAGUCUCCGAACAAUAACCAGGAAAAUAAUAACCAGAAAACAAAUCGGCACUCCUCCCGGUCCCGCGGGCGGACGUUCUCCUCAAUUCCGGACGAUUUGAAAAACCGAAACAGCAACAUGCUCGCGGGAAAUGGCUUGAAAUUGGAUUCAGAGAAAGCCCGGGAUUCGCAAUUUUCCAGUUCGGGUUGGGACAGCUCGGAUAUGAAUGUUAACCGGCGGUCCUCUGUCUACUCGCCGAAUCAGGCGGAUCCUUUCAACUUCCAACCCGCGCCGGCACACUCGGUAUGCAUUGCAAAUAUGUCUGGGUCUGGAAGGUUGAAACUUGUGAUGCGCAUUUCAGAACACAGAAAAAUCUCUCAUGUAUAGGCAGCCAAAGUUGCUCACUUUCUGUCACCAAAGUCAGGGAUUUGUCAUGCGGAUUCGGCAUUGCGAACGCUUCUCGAAACCUGUGAUGCUAGAGCUUCCAUGCCAGACCUUCUGUGUCAUGCAAAAGCAGCAUGAUUCUUCCAGACCCAGACAUUUUUGCAUUUGAUACUCGGUGUACGGAAACAAUAACUCACCCGCGGCCCGAUCGGACCGCGGCGAGUUGUCGCAAUCGGACCGGAAUUAUGAAUUGCAAAUAUAAUUUCUGGGCCUGGAAGGAUGCAAGGUUUGUCAUGCUUGUCUGGCAUGACUGAAAAGUUUGUGAUGCGUGUCCAAGAAGAAACCCUUUUGCUUGUCAUGCAAGAUCGCAGUUUCUCAUGCGGAAAGUGCACCACUAAGCAACGCAGAUAUAAUUUCUCCUGCUGUGCUGUGCAUUACAGAGCAUUCGCUAUUCGAAAACCAGCAUGAGAAGUUUCCAGACCCAGGUUUUUUGUAUUGCAUAGGAAUAACCGGCAUAAUACUUCGCGUCACAGCAACAGUCUGAACAACAGCAAACUGGACAUCGACCUCCCGCCCGAGAAAAACAGUAUCAAAGUCAGCAGAGAAGUGAAAAACGCGCUGGCAAACCGGCCGAUCACCAUCAUUCCGCCAGACCAGUUGGCUGCGGCGCGGAACAGUAUGGACUCGAAUUUGUCUGGUAGGAAUAAUAAUGCUGUGCAGCCGUUGAUGAAUGUAGAGAACAACAACCGCAGGGCGUCGCGCGCAAGCAACGAGGAGUGGGACCCGCGGAGACGGUCCUAUCAAAAGGAAAAAUCCCCCCUCCCCAUAUCGAAAACGAAAUUUGUGAUGCUGUAUUUGAGUACACAAAUCAGGUUUGUAUUGCAGAGAGGCAUUGCGGCCAGAUCCCCAGGCUAGGUAGGGGCGCAUGGUUCUAGUUGUGCAGCAUGGCAAACGGCUCCCCUUUAGGCCUCACAGCAUGACAAAUCGCUUCCAUAAUGGGGCGGAAGUUUCUGCCCUUGUCUUCUUGCAAGACAAAUGCGAUCUGUGACCUCAAAUCAGCAACACAAAUUUCCGGAAACGUACCUGUUCGAUAUGGGGAGGGGGGAUUUUUCUCUUUGAUAGGUCCGCUUCUUUCAUGAUUGGCGACGUUUCCGCUUUGAAUCAGACAGGAACGAAUAGUAACAAUCGAGAAAACUCCGGCUCUCGGAUGAACAACAGCCAGCUGAAUCGGUCCAACCUUCUCUCUCCUCGGGCGAACGAGCAGAUUGGUGGCGCCACUUCCAGUCGAAGCCGGGUGGGAAUGUGGAAGUCGCCGAUCCAGCAGAACCCGAAUCGGUCGCUGUGGGGGAUUAGUUUUGAAGAAUUUAAGGAGAGGAUCGGGGUGUCCGAUGCGGACUUAGAGAAACACAUUAUUGACGCGAUCGAGCGGUAUAAAAUGCCAUUAGACGAAUAUGGGAGUGUCAGGAUCGAAAUCAACAAAAUCGAAAAACUUGUGAUGCAUAAAAUCGAUACCAGUUGGAGCCUCAGUUUCCAAGCGGCGCAUGACAAAUUUUAGGAGCACCAAAAUCCAGUCUGUCAUGCUGUUUGGGCAAAGGAGACUGCUCUUGUGAUGCUACUCUGGCAGCAGAUCGCCUUCCCCUAAACAGGCUUGCAAUCGGGUUCAUUUGCUUGCUCCCCAACACAGGCCAUGCGUGCUCUACAUUUUAUGCAUUACAAAUUUUUAUUCGAUUUUGUCGAUUUCGAUCCUGACACUCCCAUAACGAAAUCGCGAAAGGAGCAGCGGUUGGGGGUGCUGGUGGAUCUGCAGGAGGGGGAGGAGCAGCAGCUUCAAGUGCAACAGCAGGAGCAAGUAACUCAUCAUCAUCUUCUUCUUCAUCCGCAGCAGCAGCAGCGGCGUCCGAGCUAACGUCUCUCCACCUGGACGCAAAGAAACGCGCGGUGGGAUUGUUGCCGGCUUACCCGCCCCUGUCGGUGCUGCAACAGCUGAACGAUUGGCAGAUCAAAUCGGAGGAUUUGCCCGUGGUGCGGAAGUUGCUAGCGGCGAAUAAUUCUGCUACCGCGAGUGGUGUGGAGAAGGAGCAACAUGAGCAGUUUGUGGAGCAACUACGGCAAAUCGCUUUUCUCGCGAUAGAAAAAGUAUCCACUGCAAAUAUGUCUGGGUCUAGAAGAGUGCGAGAUUUGUCAUGCUAGUCUGGCAUGAAUCUGAGCUCUGUAUUGCGUGGCCAGGAACAUCUCCUCUUGCCUGUCAUGCGAAAGCGCAGUUUCUCAUGCGGACUGCACAACACAGAGCAACCAGAAAACCUGUUAUGCUUGGCGGCGCAUCACAGUGCGCUUGUUAUUCACCGACAGGCAUCACAAGUUCCAAGACCCAGACACAUUUGCAAUGCAUAAAAAGGGGUGAUGGACAAUGCGAAGCAGCACUACGACGAGAAGUUGCGGGUUUUUUACGAAAAGGAAUUUUCGAGUUUGGAAAAAGAGAUCGGGGAAAAGAAGGAGAAGGUGGAGAAACUAGCUGUGCAUAAGGAAAAACUCGCGAAAUUAUUGCAGCAGAAGAACAACAUUGAACAGACUUCGAAAGCGGAAAAGGCGCGGAACGAUAGACGGAGGGAAGAAGUGAAAAAUCAGAAAGAGUACGGGAAACAGGUAUAGAAUUUUCGAAGGAUUUUUGAUGUCGCAUGGAAAAUAGAUGAUCUGCAUGAUAAAAGCUUUUUCUCAGCUCUUAUACGUGUUUUACUCUCGUUCUUCGUGUCGUGGAUCGGAUGAAAUUGCUUCAUUUUUACUCUUGUGAAAAUCAGCUCGAAAUCCGGAUCGCGGCGGCCCGUGCGCAAGUGAACCAGAGGCGACAAAACGUGAAUCACCAGCUCGAACAGCACUCGCUCAUGACCGGAGCUGCUAGUGGGAACAACAACACAACUAAUCUGAACCUCACGUCCCAAACCACGCUCACCAACGUCCUCCACCCGAAUGCGCCGCAGCCAACCGAACAGGACCUGAAAGCGGCAAAAAAGGCGAUUCAGAUCCUACAAAAGGAGAAUGAAUCGCUGAAAAAACAGAACGAGCGGAAAAAACUCUCCCGCGACCUUUCGAAGUGGAAGAAGGGGUUAGGCAAGGAUGUCGGGAACAAAAAUCCGGACAAACUCUUUCUGUACCGAGACAGCGGCUUGGGGCACGAGCUGACGUUUACCGAAGGGUCGCUGCGCUGGAGUUUCACGCCGAGGGUGUCCGAGUUCUGCCCGUUGCGGUUGAACAACGACCAUCCAAACGCGAAAAAUCUGGCGAAAGACAUGUACAAUGCCUGUUGGGUGAAGUCGCGCGGGACUAUUUUAGCGGCGGCGGUUUCGCCCAGAAAAAACGCCCCGAGUUCGCCUACUUCCGGCACAACUACCGAUGGGCAAUCCUGGCUGGUGAUCUUCGGGCACAUAUCAAAAUGAAAAAUCGACCCUCCCCAUAGCAAAAAAGGGAUUUGUGUAGCAUGAUUUGUGAUCACAAAAGACGUUGUCAUGCUAGAAGGGAAGAGAUGGACCGACUGUAGUACUGGCUGGCGUUGGAAAACCUUGCAUCUUCAACAUGACAGGACGCAACUGGAAGCGGAGAACAGCAUGACAGAUUACCUGCAAGCGAGGGGGGCGCAGCUGCGUCUCUUGGCCUUCUAGCAAAACAACUCGACUUGUGUAUGCAAAUACAGCAUCACAAAUUUACGUGUCGAUAUGGGGAAGGGGCAUUUUUCCUCUCAAUAGCACAGACUCGCCCAGAUCGACCGGUUUUUGAAAGACCUGGGUGGGAUAUUACAAUGAAAAAUGCCCCCACCCCAGCACUUGGCAGCAUUUGUAUUGCAAACCUUUCCAAUGGAAACAUUUCCCGUCUUGCAUAUAUCAGCAUCACAAAUGUGCCACUCUGAAUAGCUCAAAUCUGUGUUGUAAAGGAGCCCAAGAGCAGGCAGAUGUGUUGUGCAGCAGAUGCCUUGCGUGCCUAGAUUCUGCAUCAGAGAGGCUCAUAGUCCUUUCAUGCAAGACAAAAAGCUUUCAUUUGGAAACUUUGCAUGAGAAACUUUUGCACGGGUUUGGGGGCAGUUUUCACUGUAAUUCGGGAUUACGGGCGUCACGUUUGAGGACCACGAGUCGUUUCUGAUUUUCCACGUCAUGGUGACCCCCAGCAUCGAAGUCAACCCCUACGGCUUUUCUGAGGUUUACCCUACCCCCGGGAGCACGAAGCGCGCGUACUGGAUGUUUGAUUUGCGGUUGCCGCGGUCGUAUCAACUGCAAAAAUAAAUGCCUGGGUCUGGAAGAGUGUAAACUUGUCAUGCAGGUUUUACAUAACCCAUGAGGUCCGGCAUGCGGGAUCUAGCAUGACAGACUCUACUGCGAGGUCUCUGUCAUGCCUCGACUGCAUGAGAAACUCGAAACUCCCUCCCAACUUGGUCGAAAGUGGACAGCUUUCGGCACUCAUGCAACACAAAUUUUUGCAUGAUUCCGAUUUAGCAUGACAAGUUGCAAUCUUCCAGACCCAGACCUAUUUGCAGUCCAUAAGUCGGAACUCAUAAGGUUCGCCGCACACAUCCACGACGUGGACUGGAUCUCGAAGUUGCAGUGCACCGCAAAACCGACGCCGGGGGUGGAUCAGAAGAUGGUGCAGACGGCGAUUGACGAUUGUCUGGUAUAGAACAAGUUAGAGCUGAUAGUACAACUAGUAGUGUGUUUGUUCUGCGUUUUUUCAUCUUCAUGAAUAUGCAGGACUGGAGUUUGUCAUGCGGAUACUAUCAUUCUGUUUCUGCGAAGAUAAACUUUUUAAAUUCUAUCAGGACGAGAUCAAGUCGGACACGUCUGCCGCCGCCCGCGCCAGCCGGUCCGCCCCGGGGGCGAUUCGCAGCUUUUUGCAGAGCAUCUACAAGCAGGUAAAGGAGAAAAUGCUGCGGGACUUGAAACACUCGCACCCACAAGAACACCAGGCGUACCUGCGUCACAAAAAUUCCUUCUUCGGCCAGCCCGUCGCUGGGAUGCAGCUGCAGGAGCACCCGCAGGCGGGUGCUACUUCGCUGACCAGCAUGGCCACGAACGUUGGGUAUAACGGCGGCGGAAGUAGUGGCGUGGGGUCGAUGAACUACAGUAGGGGUGGCAUGACCGGGACGUCGAGCCAUGCUGGGAAUUUCGGUACGGGCGAUUUUUACGCACAAAGCUCUCGGUCGCACAUGGGAGGUUCCAUGCAGGGUAGAGGAGUAAGCGGCACAAGUUCAUCUUUUUCCCGAGCCGGACAUCAUCAUCCAAAUGCAUCCUCCUCCCGUGCCCACCCGUAUUCCCGCCCAGAUCGAUCGCAGAUCUCGUCGCCGGAGAGGUCGGUGUUGCAGAUGCUGAUGCCAACCAGUGCGGAGAAGCAAGAGAGGGAACGACAUCAGCAGCCAUUGGUGCAUUAGGGAGGAAGGUUUGGUUGUUUGGAGAAGCUACUUACUUCUUCUCGAGUUCUUCUUGUAUUGCAAAAUUUUAAAAUUGAUAUGAUCCUCGGGAUUGCGACGACAUCUUUGUACUGCUAGCGCUAGCGGUAGCAGCGGGGAACAGAAUCGUUUCUGACGUAGUCAAAACCUAUUACACGACGUAGCGAAGUAGAAAGUUACCUUUUAUACCAAUUUCAGUGAACAAAAAGUGUGUGAAGUUUUCCUCUGGGUGCAGCAGCAGCAGCGGCAGCAGCAGCAUCUUCCAGAGAGAAGACGCUUUAUGGUGGGACUCAAGAAAAAUUUUCGUAAGUUUAUCAGACGUCUAGCACAAAAAUCGAAAAAAAGAUGAGAACAAAGCACGAUUAAGUGGUUCAGCUCGUCGAUCGCUCACGAAGCGAAUUAGCUUAUUCCUCUAGAAUAAUAUAUCCUCAGAACAAGACAGGGCGACAAGCUUGCGCUUGUCAUUGCGAUACUCGCGCUUGUCACCGCGAUAUUACUUGUAACCUCGCCUGCAGUUGUAUAAUCCCGGGCGCCACCACGGGUAUAAUUCAGGUCGCGAGAGGGAGCAAGAACGCGUAGGUAUUUGGAGAUUGUUGUGAAAAACCUGUACUCAUUCGACAAACAUCAACGACACAUCGAUAAAGAGGAAACAAAAAGACGGUGAAGCCUAUUUUUGACAUCUACCGCACUUGAGCGCCAUCUUUUGUUCUCAC